CUUAUCUCGUCUCGUUCAUCUAGAUGUGUUGUAGUUCAGAGUGAAGUUCUGUUAUUUGUGAGCUAGCUUUCACUUUGAAGAACGAUGUCUGGAAAAGCGCGAGAGUUCCCCCGCGUCAAGGCAGUGAGGGCCUAUACAAUGGCACCUAGCAUGAAGGAUCAGGGAUCCGACUGCCAUGACGUUGUAGAUGAUCACUGGAUUAACGGAGGACUGGCACCAAUCGCCAACCCUAUGUCAGGAUAUCUUCAAUACAGAGCUUUCAGGAAAUCCUGGGGAAUCAACGCACUUGGAACUUUGGUAGUUGAAGUUGAAGCAGACGAUGGAACUACGGGCGUUGGCGUCACCAUCGGCGGAGAACCCGGAUGUUACAUCGUCGAGCGGCAUCUAAGUAGAUUUGUUGAAGGUCAAGAUCCUCGUGAUGUGGAACUUAUGUGGGAUCAGAUGUUCCGAGCUACACUGAACUAUGGGCGGAAGGGGUUGCCAAUACAAGCUAUAAGUGCCGUGGAUUUAGCUCUGUGGGAUCUUCUGGGCCGUUUGCGGAAUGAGCCAGUGUAUGCGUUGCUUGGCGGGAAAACUAAAGAUCGUCUGCCAGUCUAUUCAACAACGGGUCGUCCUGAUCUCGCCAAGGAAUUUGGGUUUGUCGGAGCGAAGAUUCCAUGUCCAUACGGUCCUGAUGAGGGAGAUGAAGGAUUGAGGAAAAACGUCGAGUUCUUCAAAGGAUGGAGAGAGAAAGUUGGACCCGAUUUCCCAUUGUCUCUGGACUGUUACAUGGCUCUGACAGUUCCUUAUGCUAUUCGUCUAGCAAAGGAAUUAGAGCCACUUGGUCUGAAAUGGAUUGAAGAAUUUCUGCCUCCAGACGAUUAUGAAGGCUACGGCGAGGUGAGGAAGGCACUGAGAGGUUCGAAAGUUCUUCUAACGACUGGAGAACACGAAUAUACAAGGUAUGGAUUCAGGCAACUUCUUAGUUCAAGAUGUGUCGAUGUUAUUCAACCAGACAUCACAUGGCUUGGAGGGAUUACAGAAGCCAGGAGGGUGGUUGCCAUGGCGUCAGCGCAUGACAUCUUGGUCAUUCCCCAUGGUUCAAGCGUCUACUCGUAUCAUCUUCAGUAUGCCUUCAGGAACUGUCCACUAGCGGAAUUCAUCAAUCUGAGUCCGAAAGCCGACAAGAUUACGCCCUAUUUUGGAGGGAUAUUUCCUGACGAACCUCUACCUAAAGAUGGCUUCAUUGACCUUCGACCAAGAGCUGGAUUUGGUGUGACAUUGUGUAAGGACAAUCUGACCAGACCGUACCAAAGGUCAGAGAAAGAGUCUUCCCAACAGGCAAACCAGAACAUAGAGAGAAAAGUACCAGAGAAGGCCUCUUUUCCAUUUUAAGAUUGACAGUUGGAUUGCUCGGUUCAUUGCCUGUGUGUCAUCAUCUAUGCUCAAUACUUUGUAAAAUAACAGAUGUUGAGACUACCAUUCGAUUAUGAUAUAAAAUGAAAGCAUACUGCAGCUUCUAAAAUGCCACUUAAAGACAUCAUAAAAUAAAUGUCAAGAAAUUGUA